AUGGCUGCAGCAGCUACGCCAUCGACCUCGUCCGCUACGUCCGCCAACAUCACCACCGACACUUCCGACACCAUCAAGCAUCAAUCUGUUCAUGCGCAGCUCGAAGCUCUUCAAUCUGCUCCACUGGAUGGAGCAACUCCCGAUGGUGCUAGUAGCGAUAGCAGCGCAUCUGCCACGAGCCCUGCAUACAAGCCUCUCAGUCUCGCCAUGGCCGGUCACGUCUUGGGCGCCCUAGGUCCGGAAUCCGCAAGCGGAAGUCCUGCACCUCUCCUCGACGCAGGCGCGCCACUAUCGCCGCCUCAGCUGUACAGCUCGCCCGCACUUCCUGCCGACUCCAAGGACCUUGCCCACCCCGUCUUGAUCGCGCCCAGUCACGAUGCAAACCGCAACAAGCCCUCUCCCGCAAGCACCUCACCAGGUCACCUCAGCACUCAAGAUCCUUCCAGCAGUUCCGCCUCUGUCUCGCCAUCGGUAGUCUCUGGAUCUUCGACACCAGCGCGCUCUGCCAUGAGCGAGCUUCACAUUUACGCACAACAGAUCCAACAACAGCUUCUCAAUCAGCACAUGCAUCAGCAGCUGGCAGCUGGCAGACUUAACCUGCCUUCCGGUUCGUCUCCGCCGCGUGCCGCACCCACCAGCCAGGUCGCCUCCGCCAGCGCCAGCACGUACAACUCGCCUUCAGACUCGGGUCGCACCUCGCCCAACCUGUUUGGCUCUACACGCUCCCAACGCACUCCGCACGUGCUCGAGACCAACCGCCUUGACAUUCAGACCCACACCAGCGGCCGCCGUAUGGUCAAUCAGUACCUCAUAGAGGGAGAGCUCGGUCGUGGUGUCCACGGCAAGGUGCGUCUCGCCCGAGACCUCGAGACUGGCGAACGCGUAGCCGUCAAAAUCGUCGAGAGGGAAGCACGCAAGCGUCUCGGCGCAGGUCUCGGCUUGCUCAAUCGCAACCACCGCACAAAGGAUCAGUCGCGCCUAUCCGCAGUCGAUCUCGACGCACCGACGUUGUCCGGACUCCCGUCCAACUCGGAUGCUCAGGACGCAGACCGGGGAACCGACUCGCCGCAGGAAGACGUCAGCGGCUCCGCAUCCACCACCGUAAAGGGCGUCCCGACCACCCCCUCAACUCAAUUUGCACCUUUGCCCCAUAUCCCAAAAUCGCCGAGCGCUUCUGCUUUCGGUCUCUCACGCAGGCAACCCUCGGACAGGGAUGUCGAGCGUCGUCGCGAAAAGGAGCGCGAGAAAGCUCGAAAGGCGCUUUUGUGGACCACCGAUCAAAAGGUGAGGCGAGAGAUUGCCAUCAUGAAAAAGUGCAGCCACGACAAUGUCGUCCAGCUCAAAGAGGUUAUCGACGAUCCGCAAAGCAAGAAGAUCUUCAUGGUCCUCGAGCACAUGGAGGGAGGCGAAGUGGUGUGGAAAGACGAUCAGGGCCAUCCCGCACUCACCGUAGACGAGGCACGUCAAGUCCUUCGCGACGUCGUCUGUGGACUCGAGUAUCUCCACUAUCAAGGCAUUAUCCACCGCGACAUCAAGCCUGCCAACUUACUCUGGGACAAGGACCAUAGAGUCAAAAUUUCAGAUUUCGGCGUCUCCCACUUCAGCUACGCUAUGAUGAUCGCCAACGAUCACGCCGCCUCUGCAUCCGCUUCCGCAUCCUCGGCGUCCGACCCCAGUCUCGCCGACGACCGAGAGCUAGCCAAGACCGCUGGCAGUCCAGCGUUCUUUGCGCCAGAGCUCUGCAUGUCCUCCUUUUCCUCAGCCUCUCCGUCUGUCGAUCCAUUCCAGAGCGCAACGGCGACUUCGCUAGCCGACACUGCCAACGCUAAGGUCGCGACGCCACCUGCACGGCCCAAAGUCACCAAAGCCAUCGAUGUGUGGGCACUCGGCAUCACGCUCUACUGUCUCUUGUUCGGGAACACCGCUUUUACCGCCGAAUCCGAGUACGCGUUGUUUGCCGUCAUACCGAGCACCGACUACUCCAUACCCACCUUUAUGGGAGCAGAUCGCGUACGCGUUGGUCCGAGAAAACCGAGGUGGCAGUCGCGUUCGCAGUGGACCGACGAAGAGGCCGAUGCUCAGCCAGCGAGUCCUUCGGAGCUAUGUCCGGACGCCGAUCUUGCGAGCUUGAGCGACGACGCCAAGCAACUUCGGGACCUGUUGGACCGCUUGCUCGAGAAGGAUCCAGCAAAGCGCAUCACACUAGAGGACGUCAAGAAGCAUCCAUGGGUCACUCGCGGUCUCCAAGACGCCCCAGCCUGGCUCUCAGAGACCGAUCCUCAGCAUAUGCCAUUCGUCGAGAUCUCGCACGCAGACGUCGAGGAUGCUCUGACCGGCUUCUCCAAACUCAAGCAGCGCGUGAAGCGGUGGCAAUCCAAGCUGCUAGACUCUUUCGCUGGCGGUAGACGACGCAGCAAGUCUAUCAACAAUUCGUCCGCAGCGUCAUCCGUGCAUGCUGACAUGCGAACAGAUUCAGGGACCAGCUCGCCUCAACCUGGUCGCGCUGUAGGUACAGAAAAGGCAGAUUCGAUGCCCGUCACGCCGUUCGACUCGUCGAGUCAAUCCGCACCCUCUACCUCGUCGGUCCGAACACCGCGAACGCCUCUCAAGGGCCACAUCUUCUUUACGCGACAAAAGAGCGCCGGCUCAGUCGGUCGGCGCGACGGGGUCUCCGCUCUGCGUGCCUUAACCGCAGCUCACCGUGACGAGUCAGACUCUAUCGCAUCGGACUCUCCCAAGAUCAAGGACACCCAUACGCCGGUUCAACCCAUCGCGCAUCAAACUGUCUCUCCGCCUCAGACAUCUCCUCAGGCCUUUGGAGGAUGCGAAACCGAAGCACCCGAGCAAGCUACCAACCUUUCACCUAUGCUGCCUCCCCCUGUGCUGGUCGACGGUGCAGACAAUGGCGCUAUGGGGCCACCUACCCUCGCAUCUCACCGUCGAGCUUCGGCACAGUCGACAAGCAGCUCUGGGCUGCGACCGGACCUUGGUCCCGAGAUUCCGCAGCGCACUUCGUCUGACACUCACGGCGCCGCUCGUCGUGUCAGUGCCACUUCGGCCUCACCCUCACUCCACACGUCUUCGCCUCGCAUGUCCUCGCUUCACCGUGCGAGCAGUCGCCAGGAUUCCACCGGCAACGACUCGCAACCGCAGCGUGCAGCAUCGCCGCGUCGGUCAAUCGACUCGGAAGGUAGGUCUUCGACGCUGAGCAUCUCGCAGGCCUCGCGCGUAUCGGGACGCCACCGCCUCGGCGACUUUUUGCGAGGCAACUGGCUCAUGAACGGCGCCGACGAUCGCAAUCGCAGCACUUCAAGACCCAGCACCCGAGGAUCGAGGGAUGCACCGCCUUUCUCUUCGACUCUGGGGGGCGCAAGUCUGUCGAAACGGAGCGGAAGUAUCGGAAGUACUGCGAGCAGCGUGAGGCCGGCCCUCGCAUCUUCGGUCCCCCCUGUGGGUCCGCUCUCUGUCGACACCCUCGGUGCGGUUCAACAAGCUGGCGCUCGUCCCGAAUCGGGCACACCGACGAGUGCACCCGUGCUCGGCAGCACCAGCAGCGGUGGUUUCGCUGGCGCACCGAGUCUCUCCACUGAGGUGCUUGCGGACCCAUCGGAAAGCGCCAGCCUUGCUCGAAGUGCGUUCAGCGCCCUAAGUCAACCAUCGUCGCCCUUGACGGGAUCAGAUGCUGUCGGGCCUUUCGCUUUCGAUCACUUCGGCCGUCGUCGUCACUUCGACACGCCGCUCGAAGUUGCUGAAUACGAGAACGAUGAUGUCGAUCUUGAACUCGAGCUCGAGCUCUCGGACGACGAUCUCUCGGAUGACCUCCACGGUGCACACAGCGCAAAUCGCGGGCCAAUGCUCAUCAAUUCUGGCAAUGGCUGGACGGUGCGCGAUGGCGACGAGCAAAACCAGCACAUCGGCCAAUCAGCCUUCCUCCCAGAGGCUCACGCGCGCAAAGAGUCAAGCGGAAGCGUUAGUUCCAAUGACAUUCUCACACCUUCCGUGGAGGGCGGCUACAAUGUCUUCAAACCACCCUAUCAGCAUAUCUUGUCGCCUUCCGGGUCGUCCGGCAUGCCGGACCACCGAGUCGCAGCCGAUGCCAGUAUCCCCGCCGACGAGAUCGCCGCGCCAGAUUGUCAGACAUUCGCCAUGGGUGCUUCCCUUUCUAGCGAAGCAGACGCGCUACGAAAGGCCAACCUCACUGAGCUGGGUAUAGCCCAAGCUGCCGUGUCAGAUCCUUUAGGGAGCACAAGGCUGGAAGCCGAACCAACUCCUACCAGCUCAGCAAGCGUAUCUCGAUCCGCUUCGCAUCUGCAACACGGCUCGAACGAAUCGUCGCGAGCUCCAUCCGCCGCAGAGACGCAAGCGACGCGCUCAGAUGUUGGGGGUGUGCAACCGGAAGGGAAGGAUCUAAAGGCAAAAGACGGUACCGCUGCGACGGAAGAGUCGCAGUUCGCCGAUGCCGAAGAGGAAGGUGCUGCCCAAGAUGGCCUUGAUUCCAUCUCUGCAAAGCACGCUCUACUUUCCGGUUCGGGAGCCACGCUUGGGUUUGAAGAAGAGGACGAUAGCGACGAUCAGGCUGUCAGCUUUCAGGCCCGCCGCAAGCGGUCCACACGAUUCCGCACACCACACCCUGCCAACGGACAGGCUUAA